AUGGCCACGCCCAGAUCCGAAAGGUCUACUAGAGACGAAGGAAUUAUUAAGUUGAUGUUGUACUUUUUUCGAAAUAUUGCUGUCCUCACUUCGCCGACCAACCUAACCGUUGAUGGAGACGACGACAAAGCUACGAGGUCCGCUACGAUCGACGCCUUCCAGCAGCAAGAUAUAUUUGCUCUUUUGUUGACGAUGUGCUCCACUAUGGGAGAAGACUUUACGUUUCAGGACGUAAUUAUCCUUGAGAUUCUGUUCAACUUGGUCAAGGGUGUCGAUGUUAAACAACUGUUCAAACCGGCUGAACGGGCCGGUAUUACGAAAGCAAAUGAGUUGGAAAGCUUGUUGCAAAAAGAGUCCGAGUUGAAUCGGGAACAUGCCAAAACUGCACCAACCCGGCACGGUCGAUUUGGUACGAUGAUUUGGGUCAAAAGAGAUGAUGAGAAAUUUUCUACCGUAUCUGGACAAGACGUGUUGAAGGGCGACAGAGCAACUCUUUUGAAAAUGGAUAAGAGCAAAAAGUGGAAUAAGCCUAGGUUCAAAAGGGAGGUUGUAGAUCCGUCCUCAAACAAUUUCAAUGUCAAAGUUAUGCUCACCCCAUCAGCGUCGAAGAACUUGCAAACUUUCGUCGAAGAAUUUCUUGACUCCGGAUUUAACCCGUUAUUUACUCACUUGCGGAAAGCAAUUGAACGUGAGGCGGAGCGCAUCACUGAAUCAACUUCUCGACAAUUCUGGUAUGUGGUGUCAUGGUUUCUGCACGCGGAACGGGUUCGUCGAGAGCACCAAAAGGAAGCUCGCCAACAAGCUAGAGGGAGAGCAAAGGACAUAGAGCCGGAUGACUUCUCUCUUGUGGCAAGUGUCCUCAAUCAAGAGACAUUUGUGAAUCUGAAUAGAUAUAUGCAACACUGUCUCGAUUAUAAAGAUUGGCAGGAUCUCACAGCUGGCAUGAAGUGUUUCACCCAGAUUCUUCUAACAGUUCAAGAAAUGGCAAUAUCAACCCUUGAAGAAGACCAGGAAAUCGCAGAAAACAUCCAAAACCGGAUAUUUUAUGAGGAAACCACACAUGAUCGGAUAUUGGUUAUCCUGCGAAACUAUAACGAUCAGGGUUUUUGGUACCUCGACGCGUGCACAGAACUUGCACAUGUCUUUCUUCGAAUGCUUGAGCAGUACUCCAAACAGAAUGUCGAUAUGCAAGUUCGGUCACGGAGACGAGGUCGCCGGAAGAAGACCCAGACAACGGCGCCGGAUCAAGACGGCGUCGAGGAAGACGGCGGGCACGGCUCAGAGGCUGAAGACCGAGCAGAAGCAAAUCGCACAGCAGUCGAACGAUCUUUCGACUUUAAGCGAUUCUCUCUCAAAUUCUGCACACAAAAGUCCGUGGAUACCUUCGUCGCCUUCACCAACUACUACCGAGAAUUAGAUUCGGAGCAGCUGAAGCGAGCGCAUCGUUUUCUCCACAGGGUUGCAUUUAAACAAGACAGGGGUAUUUUACUCUUCCGCUUAGAUAUCAUUUCGCUACUGUUCAAAAUGAUCAAGGGUCCUGAAGGGCUUGAUGCAUCGAAAUCCUCUUUCAAGGAAUGGGAAGAGCUUGUCCGUCAUUUGUUCCGAAAUCUAGUUAGGAAGCUUAAACAGCGUCCCGAGUUGGUUGUUGAGUUGUUGUUUAGCAAGAUCAACUCCACCUUGUUCUAUCUGGAGUACGGUUAUGAGAAACAAAGUCUGUCGGAAUCUAAGCCAGCGGCUGAGCUGGAGAUCAAACCUGGCAGCGCUUCGACGCUGGAUGAGAAGAUCAGAAUUGUAGUGGCUGCUUUGAUUCAAGAUGAUAAACUGCCACUGGUGAAGUGGCUAGGUGGAGUUCUAGAUUCAGCUAUCAGCGAGAGACAGAGUUGGGAAAUGGAAGCCGAGGCUAGAGCUGCUUCAUCUACUGAGGAGCAGGCAGAAGCAAAACCUCCCUCGAUUGCUGUUGUGCCGGAAGAUGAUGACUGCCGCGACGCCAUGUUUAGGAAUGGGCGACUACGUCUUUUAAUGACGCUGGCCGGUUUCAAAUGUUUUGAUGAAGAUGAGCUCAGCGCUUCGUGGAUAAUCUCGUCCUCAAUCUCAUCGUCUACGCUGAAAGAAUCCAGUACAUUAAUCGAAAAGCACUGUGAAAAUCCGGUAGAGGAUAUCGACGGUGCAGAUCCACGGGAUCUAAUACGCCGAAAGCGGACGACGGCCGAUCUGAAGGCUUCCCACCAUGAGUCCAUUGAAAGCGUUCAUUUUGGAAGUGAUUCGGAAGGAGAAGAUGAGAUUCUGUUUCCACCGAACCUUGUUCAAAGGUCGAAGGCGGCGAAAGGGCGGAAGCUCACGAGAAGGAAAAGAAAGGAUGGCGAUGAUAACGAAAGUGGCCUAGACGAUGCAGAGCUGGAGGCUCGACAAGCAGCCAGGAAACGCAAUGCUCUAGAACGCCAAAGAAAGAUUAAAAGUGAUCUUUACGUUCGCCCGAGCGACGACGAAACGGACGAAGAAGCGGACGCUCGCUUCUUUGCAAAAGAAAAUGAACGGAGACUGGCACAAGCUGCGCGUAUCCAAAAAGCUUUGGAAACAGGCGUUUUGGAGAAUAGUGUGCCCCAGAAACAAACAAAACCCAAAGCUAGCCGGAAGCGCAAAGCGAACUCAAUACCCGAGUCAGAUAUUGAAGAUGAUGCGAAUAUCCCGUCGAAACGCCGACGCGACGAAGCUGGAGGUGAGUCCGACAGUGCGGACGAAGAUGGUGUCGAUUCCGGAUCUCCUUCGUCUCGAGGCUCCUCGACGCCGACCCCUGAUAUUGAUCCCAUGCCUAUGAGAUCUCCGAGUGUGGAAUUGCCUUGGAGCGCCGGAGUUGAUCAGAUGCUGAAGGGGGCCAUACCGGACAACGAGAAAGAGAGCGGUGCUAGUGACAAUGAGGAAGAGGAUGACGAUGACCUUGUUCUGACAGCGAGAAGUACGCGGCGGCGGGCCAUGGCCGGUUUUGUUUUUGAAAGCGAUUCUGAAUGA